CUGUCUCAGCUUCCCCAUCGCUGGGAUUACAGACUGCUCAAACAAAAAUCAUGGAUUUUACAGAGGCUUACUCAGAUACAUGCUCUACAGUUGGACUUGCUGCCAGGCAGGGCAAUGUGAAACUCUUAAGGAAACUCCUCAAAAAGGGCCGAAGCAUUGAUGUUGCUGAUAACCGGGGAUGGAUGCCAAUUCAUGAAGCAGCUUAUCAUAACUCAAUAGAAUGUUUGCGGAUAUUAAUUCGUGCAGCUGUGGAAAAUGGGCAGAUAGAUGUGGUAAGGCUGUUGCUUCAACACGGAGCGAAUGUUAAUGGAUCCCAUUCUAUGUGUGGUUGGAACUCCUUGCACCAGGCUUCUUUCCAGGAAAACGUUGAGGUCAUGAAAUUACUUCUUAAAAGAGGAGCCAAUAAGGAGUGCCCGGAUGACUUUGGAAUCACACCUCUGUUUCUGGCUGCUCAGUACGGCAAGCUGGAGAGCUUGAACACCCUUAUUUCCUCAGGUGCAAAUGUCAAUUGCCAGGCCUUGGAUAAGGCUACCCCCUUGUUCAUUGCUUCUCAAGAGGGUCAUACGAAAUGUGUGGAGCUUUUGCUGUCGAGUGGGGCAGACCCUGACCUCUGCUGUAAUGAGGACGGCUGGCAGUUACCUAUUCAUGCAGCUGCCCAAAUGGGCCACACGAAAAUCUUGGACUUGUUAAUACCACUCACUACUCGGGUCUGCGAAAGUGAGAGAGACAAAGUCAGUCCUGUUUACUCAGCGAUAUUUGGAGGGCAGGAGAAGUGCCUGGAGUUGCUCCUCCAGAGUGGGUACAGCCCGGAUGCCCAGAUGUGCCCAGUCUUUGGAUUCAGUUCUCCCCUGUGCAUGGCUUUCCAGAAAGACUGUGAGUUCCUUGGAAUUGUGAAUAUUCUUUUGAAAUACGGAGCCCAGCUAAAUGAACUUCAUUUGGCAAAUUGUCUGCAGUGUGAGAAAUUUGCAGUAUUUCGCUACUUUUUGAAGAAAGGCUGCCCAUUAACACCAUGGAACCAUAUAACUGAAUUUAUGAAGCAUGCAGUUAAAGCACAAAGGAGAUACAAGGAGUGGUUGCCACAUCUUCUGCUUGCGGGGUUCGACCCGCUGACUCUGCUCUGCAGCUCUUGGAUUGGCUCAGUAAGUGAGGACGCCCUCCUCUUCUCCUUGGAAUUUACUAAUUGGAAGAGACUUCCACCAUCUGCGGAAAAGCUGCUCUCCGCUCGUGCCUUGAACUCCUGGGCUCUACAGCAGUGGAUUGCUUCUGUCCCAUCCUUAGCCCAUCUGUGUCGUUUGGAAAUUCGGUCCAGCCUAAAGGCAGAUCACUUACACUCUGACAGUUUUAUCCGCCAGUUGCCACUUCCUAGAAGCCUGCAUAAUUACUUGCUCUAUGAAGAGGUUCUGAGGAAGAAUGAGGUUCCAGAACUGGCAGUUUGUGAAGAAGUCGGCGACGCUACGUAACACAGCUCCUGCCUUACACUGAGCACCCUGAACACUGAAGAGCCACAGUGUGCAAGUUACUCUCGAAACUUGGUGGGGGAGGUGCAGAGCCUCGCACUCAGGCCCUUGUGCGUGCCGGGCAGGAUCUGUGCCUGAACUGUACCCCAGCUCUAGUCUGUAGCCACAAAAAUUGUUUUUGUUCGGGGAAAUUGUUGGGUUGGAGGGGCAGUGCUAAAUGGGAUGCUUCCAGCUGGGCUUCUCCGUUAAAAAUAAGUAAACUUCACUAUUUUUACAGCUUCAUUACCAGUACACUUCAUGUUGUAAUACUUGUUUACCUUGCCAUUGUCUCUUUGUUCUGCUAAUAAUAAAUUGAUGUUUCGUCUAGUGCUGCACAUGGCAUAUGUUCACCUGAAGUGUAUGUUUACCUGGUGCUAGCAACUGCAAGUGGAGUAUGUGACACUUCUCUGGGAGAGCAUAUGGCUGUGUUGUUGGGUUUCUUGUUGUUUUGGGGGGUGAAUACAUCUCUUAAGCUUAUAACAGUACAUUUUCCUGUCCUUUCAUAUUCUAUUUUUAUCUCUGAAGCCUUUUCACGUGUAAACUAGGGAUUUUUUUAAAAAAAGUAUCAGUAAUAUUGCUGGCUUUACUCAUGUCCAGUUCUCCUAUAGUUGUUGGCAAAAAAUAUUAGGCUAGUAAUAUACCUAAGCUCACAAGCACUCUCAGUUCAAAUUACAAGGUCAGAUUUAGGAUAAAUAAGCAUUUUAUCAUUUCCACAAUAUUAAAAAGGAGCCUGAGGGGACAUUUAUGGGACAUCUUUUAAAAGGUAUAUAUUCUUGAGUUAGUAUCAAAUACUACAUUUGAGCUUAUUCAGCCCCAGAAUCCAAAAGCAGCCUUGUUCUAUGAGGCAGUAAUGACCAGUUUUACUAAGACUGUAGCGUUUUUCUCUUACCUAGCUAGAUAGGUCACCAAAUCCUGGGUUACUGAGGCACAUCUUCAUAGGUUGCGAUAGCUGCUCAGUGGGGGGUCUCAAGUCGGGAAGGACACAGGACACUGAGCUGCUUUGGUGCUGUGGACAUUGGCCAGGAGAGUGUCCUGCUACAGCGGAUGACUGAGGCGGGGCUAGAACAGGCAAGUCUUGCGUUCCGUAGGUUCUGUGGGUGGACCAGGGAGCAGAGCUGUCUCCCUCUGAGUGGCCUUGCUGUUUGCUGAGAGCAGUAGUGAAAGUGGGGUGAGGGAGUGCGACCACUAAGGUAAGUGGGGUUUCUGUGUAGUCAAAAUGGGCCAGGUAUGGAG